AUGGUACGGUUGUCGAUGGUGAUGGUGAUAAUGAUGGUAAAGGGAGUGGUUGAAGCACAGGCCAUCGAACUGUCCUACCCCGGACUGAUAACGGUAUUUCACCUCGGUAAGGAGGUGGUGUCGGGCAUCAUAGACGCAUGGGACCUGCUAGAGAACGUGGACAACAUGACUCUUCCGUUUCAGAAGAACAGAGACAAGAAGAUCCUACAGCGUAUCAAUGUCCUCUCGUCACAGAUCAGCGCCAGUCAAGCUUCGAUGUCGGACGAUUUCAGACAGUAUGUACAGAAUGCGAUCCUGCUGUCGACUUAUCGGGAAAAGUUUAUCGCACGGUUCGAGCGACUGCACCAACGCAUCGGGGCACUGAAUCGACGGGAGCGAACCAUGAACGCAAUGCUCGAGGCAUCAGAAGCGGUUGAGCAGUUAACGCUCACCCAGUUCGCGCUCGCCACUGUCGAUUUAAGCAAGACUGACAACGUGAUUGAUCUACUACACGGUAUCGAGGAGCUGGUUAGCGGAGAGCAUCUGGUGCUGCCCCCUGGACAGCAGGACAUCUUCUAUCAAAUUAACGAGGUGGCCAAAUCGACUAUCUGUACGUUUGGGUUGUCGGCCCAACAGAUUUUGUAUCUUCUGCACGAUGCAAUCGCGAUGUCCGAGUUGAAAGGCUACCUAAUGAUGCAGUUCUCCUACUUGGUGCUAAAGGCGCAAGGCCGUGGGAACUUCACUGUCGAAUCACAAGCCCGCCGGGAAGAGCUUCAAUCACGAUUGAAUCGGACCCAAGCUUUGCUUCAACGCGCAAUGGAGCAGACGAGCCGCGAAUACUGGCGAUGCGAUCCGGAGACACGCGCCCAUCGCGAGAACGAAACUUUUUUGCAGUUCACGCGUCUCGUUCAAGGCUACAUCGAGAAUGAAGUCGACAUGAACACAGAGAACACAUGUCGCGAGUCUUGCGCUCACUAUCAAUAUGGCCAUCGACAGGAACAGUGUUAUAAAGAGCUGUACUGCAGCCGACAGCCGAAAUGCAACGGUCGCAUUUACGAAUGUGAGUACGUCGACUCCGACAUGUGGAUCUGCCCGGCGGCCCAUCAAAGCCAACGGCGCUACGAGUUUAUCGAAUACGAGAACGGUUUAGUACGAGGUCAUAAAAGCUACUGUGCUCGAGGAUCUACCAAGGUCGACUCCUGGUGGCGAUGGAUCUUCUGGCACUGCAGCUACUGCUUCUGCCUAUGUGACGACAAUGGGCCCCGUUCUGAUCGUUACGUUAGUUUACGUGAAUCCGUUUCCGACAUCGAUCAAAAUAGGGUUGUGACCGGAUUGCGAUUCGUCAAACAAGGCAGAGUGAUGCAUCUAUUAGUGCAGCAAGGCUUAUUGUUGCCCCAGGCUGAGAUCGAGAAUCGGACGCUAGAGUGGCUCAGCCCGCCGGACGCCUUCAGCGUACUAGCGAAAGGUGCUCGGGAAGGACGCGACUAUCACACACUCACGUACGAUAAACGUGCUCUCGACCUCGACGACGUGCACGUGCAUCCGGGUUACGUCCUAACCGGGGUGCGCUUUAGGCUGCUCGGCACUCACCUCAACCUCGAAAUACGUAUGACGGAAAUGAACUUUACCUCCGGCAAGCUGCUCGAUCACGAUAAAAGCAUUUGGAUUGGCAACGACAACACGGUUGACAGAACUGAGCUUAUACUGCAGCAACCGGAUGUGCCAACACGAUCCCUGAGCAAAUCUGUCCCUGAUUCGACCAGCCGCCAGUACAUUCGUUUCGGACCAAGCGACCGGAACCAAGACGCGGCCCAAACUACAGUGCCUUUUAUCGAUGCCCAGCCAGUAUACACGCAUAAGGCAGUGCCGCUAUCCGGAGCCGGGCUCCUGCACAAGGGUCAGCCCAAAUAUGGUGGAUUCGUGGCGCCUAAGUUAUUCACCUACAAUUUUACUGCUCACAUUCAAUAAUCAGUGGUAGACACAAUCAGUGGACACUGUGGUUCAAAGUGCAGAUUGAAACACUGCGGACCAAGUCGCCUUCUAAAGCGAGGGCGGGAGAGCGAUGCAAUCUGAGCGUAACACAAAUAAUAUGUAUGGAAGAUAAUACUUGUAAACAAAGAGCGGGAACGGGAUCGUUUGUUACGUAUUAAAAAGAACUCGAUUCUAAAUAUAAGGCAGUACACUGGCUACUGCUUCAGCUGAGCUUGCUUAACAUCAUUCAAUAAUCUUCUUACUCACCUGCACGCGGAGGGGGUGCAUCAUUAGCAUCGGUAACAAAUCAGCGCUAGGCAAAAUGUCUUUGAGUGACAUGCCCAUCGUUUUCACACCCUGACAAACGAAGGCGGCCAGAUAGCGGUGCAAUGGGAAGUGAAAUGAUGCACGAAACAUGUCAUCCUGCGAAAUACAAACAGAAUCCGUAAAAAUAAUAGAAUAGUAAAGAAUAUGCUAAGUAGCAAGUUACCUUCUCGAAUUUAGGAUGCUGAUAGAAGUUGACCGCCUCGAGCCACUCGUUCAAAUAGUUAACGCAAUACAUCAUGAUGUUUUUGGCGAGGGGCGCGUGUGACGGAUCUUGCAAGUGCGAGAUAACGGACCACAUGGGAUAGGCACUCGCCUCUAGCUCGCAGCUGAACGCCGCAUAGUAGGAACUAGACUCAUAUUCUACAUGGCUUAUGAUCUCGCGAAGGUUUACAUUCAUUCCUGAGGGCAAAUAGACGAUUGAUUAGAGACUACAAAACCAAGAACGAUUCGGCGCAACAGAAACUCGCCAGAACUUACCUUGCAACAUCGAUAGGAACUGGAACCACAUGUCGAUGAGUGCGUCGUUCUGCAGGAAAACGAGCGCAACCGACUCAUGCGAUAGGACGUUGUUGAAGUCCGACACAAGCGGCCAGUAGCAGUGUUCUUUCAUCACUCGCUCGGCGCAAUCAACCACAUAGUGAAAGUUUCGCUCAGGAUUGUGAAGCAAAUGCGGGGUCAAAAUUUUCGCCAUCAUCUGCCGUAGGCUAAUGAUCAUGACGUGCAGCAAGGAUAGUUCUUCAACCAUCUUCAACGCGAGACUUUCGUUGGAAAAAAGCUGGACGCUCAUAUGCACUACCCUGUUACUUAGUGUAUCGGGGUCAUUAGACAGUUCAAGCACGCUUGGAAUGCGACAAUAGUGCAUAACGAAAGUGCGCGUCAGAUGCUCUUUAUAAUCUUGGUCAGGCAGCAUAUUCAGCAGAAAGCACACGAUCUGCUGCUGAAAUUCAUAUUUAAACGUCCAGAAGAUGAACUCCUCCAGCAAUGUACCGUGCACGAUGGUGCGUCCAAGCGCGGGCAGAUACGCAUACUCUGGCGGAGGUUCCGGCGAUGGAAAUUGAUGGAGCGCAUCCUCGUAUAAUCGCCGGCUGUUACGCAGAUAGUUUCCGUAACAGUUGACGGGAUAGGGCUGCUCGAACAACCCUCGAUACACUUUCCGGUCUAUGAGUGUGCGGGUCAUCACGCGUCUCAUCAGCUCACCCAUGUUGUUAAACUCCAUCAACAUGGCGCAGUAGUCAUUGCAAUAUUCAGCUGUCCGGCGACAGCCAGCCGAAUCGUGAUUAAUAGCACUGAAUUCUCGGAAGUGUAGAAGCAUGCGGAGUAUUAAGCGCGGCAUCAUCGCCUCCGCUAGCAGCAACAAAUCGUCGGGAACUGGGGUACUCGAAGGGCAACUGUUCAAGCCGUGAUCACUGCAGAAACCCUCUGGUUUCAUAACGGACGUGUCGCCACAGUCGCAGGCGCCGCCCGCCUGCGAUAAGAACAUAUUAAAAUCGUGGUUCUGGUGGUUACCUCUCUUGAAGCAAUCACGACAGAUCGACAUGCACGGUGAAAUGCCGCACGUCCGACAACGGUAUGCUACCACGUGUGGUAUCCAGACCAACCCACAUUUUGCAUGAUUAUCGUAUGCUCGCACUGCAAAGAAAAAGACAAUAUUAAAAUGCUAGUUGAUUUCCAAAAGUUAAUGCAAGUAAAAAAAAUGUGAUACAAAUACAUAGCAUGGACGAGAAAGGAGUAAAUCGGACCGACAGACAUGGCUGCAAGAGAAGGAUAACCCCCUAGCACGUACUGGUUAAGAAUAGUGUUGAUCGACUAUACAGCGGGUAGCGCAACUCGCUUCGGACUCCGAGAACCAAGAAUUUGCCCGAAUUGCCACUGGGGCGCUUACGGCUCGGUUUCGACUAUCAAAAACGCACCGCGCGCCGUGCGAAUCAAAUCAAAGUAACCACUGACCAAAAUUGGUCUUUGGAAUAGCCCGGUAGUAUAUAGACGUAGACGUCAUACUUGUACCAAAAAGAAAUAAACAAAAAUAAUAGCCUCCCCACAAAAUAAAGCCAGCAUAUGUAUUUCUAGUUACCGUUAUUUGAAGUAAAUUAUUACGGAAAAAAUGGCGUUGAUCAUCGUCAAAAACAAGUAGAUUUUUUAAUUGUAUUUCGCAUGAACGUACACUGAGAAAAGCUAAUAAAACUGAAACACGCUAGACUUUAGAGUUUCCCAUUUGUUGAUAGGUCACACACACAAAGUUUCAGACACUGGUGUGCGGAUCUUAGUUUAACCGUCACAAUGGUCUUCCGACGUGACAGGAGGUAUAGUGCAAGGCCAACCACUUCGCUCAGUAAAAACGUUAACGGUUAGAGAAAGCAACUACCGAAACUCAAACACCCGAACUAACGACAACCAACCCACGCAACGCAUAAGGACUACAAUUGCGACCGUAAAGGUCAUGGAGCGUAAAGAGCAGGGGUCCUGAGGUAACUAGAUGAAACUCUAGCUACGAUGCUAAUGGACCUCGUAGUAAUACAAGAAAUGUGCUGGAUAAUUCGUGGUGUGCAGGAUAUCCGUGGUAACAACUAAGACCUCUACUAUAGCUGCCAAGACCACGACCAUUUUUUUUAACCGUGGAUUUUGUGCGUCGACUCAUCAUUAUGGAUGAGACUUGUGUCUAUCCCAAUGAUCCUGAGGUUUUUUGUUCUCGCU